UCACAGUUGUAUCCUGGUACAUGACUGAGGCUCCCAGUUGCUUUGAUAAUACAAAUAAAGAAGAUUCAGAGAUGCAGAGACUAAGAAUUUUUUUCAGAGGAACUGAGAAGCUUCUGCUACUACAGACUACAGUUGAAUAUGCUCACAUUAAAUUUCCUAUCGACUAUCCAUAUUCACCACCUACCUUCAGAUUCCUGACCAAAAUGUGGCACCCCAACAUUUAUGAGAAUGGAGAUGUAUGUAUUUCAAUUCUUCACCCACCUGUAGAUGAUCCACAAAGUGGAGAACUGCCAUCUGAAAGGUGGAACCCCACCCAGAAUGUCAGGACUAUCCUACUGAGUGUAAUCUCCUUGCUUAAUGAGCCCAACACUUUCUCUCCAGCCAACGUGGAUGCAUCAGUCAUGUUCAGGAAAUGGAGAGACAGUAAAGGAAAAGACAAAGAGUAUGCUGAAAUCAUUAGGAAACAGGUUUUGGCUACCAAGGCUGAGGCGGAAAAGGAUGGUGUGAAGGUCCCCACUACGCUGGCAGAGUACUGCAUCAAAACUAAAGUGCCUUCCAAUGACAACAGUUCAGAUUUGCUUUAUGACGACUUGUAUGACGACGACAUUGACGAUGAAGACGAGGAGGAGGAAGAUGCUGAGUGUUAUGAUGAUGAUGAUUCUGGCAACGAAGAGUCGUGACCUGCUCCCUACAUACCCCUGUACUGCCCUGCCGACUCAGGCCCAAAGGGAGCAGUGAUAACCUAGCAACAGUCCAGCAAAAAAUACACGGGGGAAAUCAACAAACUCUUGUCUCCUGCUGUACGGAUCUCUGAUUGCUCUUUUUUAUGGACCUCUGAGAGAGAGGGAGAGAGAGAGACCCUUCACAGAAUGUCUGAAUUCUUGCAUUCUUAACCCCUUCAUCACUGUAUUAUGAUUUCUUUUUUUAAGAAAGAAACUCCCCCUUUUGCUUCUCUACGAAACGUUCACGGUGAAACAGGUUUGGUCUGUGUUUAGAUUCUUUAAUUAAACACAGUCUUGCAUUGAGAUGUUUAAUGUAUUUAACGCUGGAAACGAACCAUUGGAAGUUGGGUCGUUAGGAGUUGACAAGUGCUGCAUUUACUGGGAAGAAAAUACAAACAAAAAACCACACAAAAAAGCAAAUUGCCAAGGUUUAGCUGCUCCAUUUACAAUACUAGCGUGUGCACAUUUGUGUAGCUUUGUGGUGGUGGUUUUUUCCUUUUUUCAAGGCUUGGGGCAGAGAAUGUAAGCUGUUGUGUAUUGAGCUUGAUGGAAUGUCUCUUACUGAAAGGUACAGUACUCCUUUUCAGCCUGUUGUAGUUAGGAAGUAGACAGCCUUGAGUCCAGAGGGCAGGAGCAACUGCCUUUUUUACAAGGUGUGUGAUGUUGAACCCUGAAUAAACACUUAACGCUUCACAUGUGUAUAACUGAGCCCUGGGUUCCUAUUUAUUUGUCAGAUUGGUUGGGGCUUAAAACUACCGAUGCUGUUCGUUAGAAUGCUGCUGAGCUCUGCUGCUGGCUCCCACGUGGGGAGGGAGUGGUGAAAAUACCAACUUAAAUCUUCACGUCCUUCAGAAGGCAAAUCGGCUUCCUUCCAAGUGGUGGCAGGGUCCGUCAGCCAGUAUUAGUCAGUGUCUAGAAUCUGCCAUUUUCAACAAGCUGCUACACCUCGAGAGUCCAGCCUGUGCGUUGGGCAUAGCUGCCACGUGCUCUGUUCUGCACCCGGAAUGCCUGUUGGCUUUCAGCAUCUUUCUUUUGGUUUGUUGCAAGGGGGGAGACGAGAGUUGUGAGCCUGCAAAUGGUAGCCCUCCUCCUCUCCCCCACAACUUGCUGCUGGAAACUCAGGGGCUUGAGGCAGCAUCCAAAAAUCCAUUGGGCAACAAGGCCCUCAAGACCUAGAACUACCAGUCCAACCUUCCCCAGGCCUCUCGGAGUCAAGCCAAGACUGGCCUCGUUACUGGAGAGGGAAAGGGGAUCCCGAUGACAAGCUUUGUUUGGGUCACAUAGCCCUUGAUCCUCAAGCCACCGCUUCAGCCAGGAACAAGAUGCGUAUUACCCCACCCCAUGGGCGGAGGGUAGCUCAGUGUCUUUGGCUUGGAAACAGCUGCUGCUAGGCUGUCAGCGUGUUUUAGUGAGAUGCAAAGUUCAGGCAGCUCAGGCGGCCAGGAGCUCCUCCGGGCUUACGACCAUCCCGGACUUGAAUUUUCUGAAGAAUUUGAUUGCUUCACCCAGAUCCCAUCCCAGACCUAUGAUCAAGUACUCUUAUGGGUCGGCUGCAGGGUGGCGCCCUGCGUCCAUCUUCGGGAUGACUUUCUGCCCCCUGGGCUAGGAUGGCAUCUCAGUAUACUGAGCUUCUAAUCCCUACUCUAGUGGCGUGGGGGUGAUUUGCAGCCCGUGCUGCUGCUCUGGUGUCAGUGGGAGUUUUGCCUGUGAGGGUGGGGGAGGUAAGGAUAGAUGUAGCAGGCAUUUUGAGUCAUCUUUAACAACAUGACCAGAAAAAGCACCCUGUUGUAUUUUGAUUAAAGGCAGCCGCCAGCAUAAAUAUGCAUUCCCCCUACCCAGAUCUUCAUGCUGGAGGCAAGGACCUAACAGGCUGCCUGCAUGCUUGGCAUUCCCAUAGGAGCUAGCACUUCUCCAAAAGCAGUCGAUUGGGUUCUGUAGAGUCCCACAAACCUUUACCCACGCUCUCCAGGAGGGGAAACCUUUUUCCUGCGGCACUUUGGAGUUAGCGACUGUGUGCAUUUAGAGAAGUUACCACUAAAGCAAGAGUGUCUGAAAUGUGCACUUCCAGAUUGAGCACCUGGUGUGUGCUAGCUUCUUAAAAGCCCGUAGGAAUGUACAGUAUAGUUAGAUUGGAAGAACCAAGCUCCUCUCUCUCAAACUCUAUGGGAAUCGUUUUGAGACAGUUGGUGCUUCCUAGGGAAACUAACCUCACUUUUAUUUUUGCAGUGAUGGUGGUGAAGGGGAUGGGUGUCACUUAAGACAGGGAAGCAAACAACCCAAUCAAUGCAACACCAUUUGUGCUGAUGACUUGAUUUGAAAUUGGGGAUACUGCAUCUUUCAGGAUCUUUCCCUUGUACUUUGACAGUCUUCACUGUAUACUCUCCAGUGACUUGUAUUCUCAAGCUUGGUGUUGUAAGAUGCAUUAUGAUUUUUACCCUUUUUUUUUUAACAACCUAUUCUGAGAGCUCCUACAUUAGCAAGAUUAACUUCUCUCCCUCCUGCCCCCUGCAGUGUCAUCGCUUGUUGACUUGCUGGUUUCCUUUUCAAGAUACAAACAACUGAAGUAUGACUAUGAAACUAUUUAAGAGAUUAUGAGGAAAUUGUUUACCUGACCGGUGUAUUUUUUUUCUUAACUCCUCCUCUCCAACCAAUGUUGACGUUUACAUUUAUAAUUAAAGUGCAGUUUUCAACCAUUCUGAAACCAGCAGGGUGCACUAGAUUUUUCUUAGUAGUUUUCUUAGCUGAAAAUCCUAGGUGUUUUUUUCUUUUUCUUCAAUAUAAUUUACCAGAAAGGAUUAACUGAUGCAUUUUGUGUUUGUCUUUUCCUUCAGUAGUUUAUUUUGUCUUUUCUGCACAUCUGUCUACUAAUAAAAUGUGAAAUAAAAA